AUAGCUAAAGAAGACUGCCCAAAUGGAUGGACACCUUUUGAUGUGAAAUGCUACAAAUUCUUCUCUCGGCCAGUUAACUGGGCCACAGCUGAGAAAAACUGUCAAUCUGUUGGUGCAAAUCUUGCAUCUGUGCAUAAUAUAGUGGAAAACGACUUUCUCCUGAGUCUGAUUGUGCCUGCUGACACACGUGCUUGGAUUGGUGGCCAUGAUGGUGAAAUUGAAGGACAAUGGCUGUUGACUGAUGGAUCUCAAUUUGACUUCACCAACUGGUGCUAUUCACAACCUGACAAUGAUGGUGGUAACGAGCACUGCCUGGAAAUAAACCGUACCACUGACCAUUGCUGGAAUGAUAUACCCUGUUUAAUCAAAAUGGGCUACAUUUGUGCCAAACCUCUGAGAUCUUGAAAAUCAAUCUGUUUCAAAAGUACUAUGAAUGUACUACAUGCCUAUACAUUUUUUGUGAUCUUAUGUUUAAAAUCUUUAAAAUAUGAAAAAAUUACAACUUCUCAAAUCAAUAA